UCCUUUAUUUAUGUUUGUGGAUGUAAAACGUUUUCUUCCGAAUCAGGUCCUGUGUGUGAACAGUGUUAACCAUUUACCCAUCGCAUGAUUAUCUCUGCAACCCCGGAUGGAAACGAACAAGGAAAACUAAUAGUCCCUUUCGCGACGCCAGAAAUGUUUUGCAUAGGCCUACAUAUUUAAAUUCCAGUCUUCUAUUGCGUUGACGCACACACCCCUUUUAAAUAAACACUAUAAUUAAGACGUUGUCUUUGUAGCUUACAGGCCUAAGUAAAACGACCAUUAACAAUCAAACCGCGUUGUGAUGAGGUCAGCAGAUGAUUUCAGUUAUGGCAGAUUGAAAGCAGGUUUGAGAGCACAUUGUGAAAGUAUUUGUAGUCUUGGAGAUAGUAAACAAUACGAGUCCCUUACGUUACACCGUUAACCUUAUUUGCAAACUUGUCUGUAAUUUAAUCUGGUAUUUAACAAAGGUGGUUAUUGUUUCGCUGCACGAGAAUAAAUAGCGUGCUAGGGAAUUGCUUUUGGAACCUUAGCAAUAACUCCGUUUCGGCACUUGCGAUCUUAUUUUAAGCAUCCUCUUAAAAUAUUCAUUAGUCAAACGGUACAAACAAUCAUUGCCACAGGCUUUAGAUUAGCAGAACAGCGGACUGCGGUGAAUGGAUAACGUUGGAUUAUUUUGAACAAAUAUUUGUGCAUAUUUUAACAUUCAAGAGGUGGGCACACCUGGAUAAGUACACAUGAACGCUUUCUGAUGCCAUAAGUAGUUCGUCUUUCUGUGUUCAGUGUUCAUUUGGUUUGCUUGCUCAAACUUCUGAUGGUGGCAAACGGGUCUAUAGGUUCCUUUACUGCGCCCCAGUCAUGUGAAAAUUAUGUCAAAGUCUAGGAACUUUUCACCACAUUGUACUUGCGCUUGUGACGUCAGCUUGCAACGAUCAGACAGACGCCACAAGAGGGAGACCGUGAUGCACUCUGUUAAUGUUGAUUCUGUUUAAACCAGGUCUGCCCCAUGGCAUCGAGCAAUCUGAGGCCAGUCUGGCAGAGUCAACGUGGCACAAGAGCCACGGCAAGAACACGCAGAUACGCGAAUGCGACCCGUGCCUGCAGGCAGCCGAGUUGCCCUUGUGCAGUGCCCUCGGUCAGCGAGCUCCAGAGCACGAGGACGGCAGUGGCAGCCAAGAAGUCUUCCUCCGUACCAAGAUCAAGGUAACCACGGGCAAGCUGCCCGUCACAGAGAUGCCGUCUCCCUCCCCAGCCACCUUGGCUCCAUCUCCAGCCGGGAUGCCUGCGCUCGUCUGUCAGGUGUGUCAGAAGGGCUUCCAGCAGCAGCGCAUGCUGAAGCGGCACCUCAAAUGCCACAGCGACAUCAAGAGGCACCUGUGCAGUUAUUGCGGCAAGGGUUUCAACGACACCUUUGACCUAAAGAGGCACAUCCGCACGCACACCGGCGUGAGGCCCUACAAAUGCAGCCAAUGUGAGAAAGGCUUCACCCAACGCUGCUCGCUGGAGUCCCACAUGAAGAAGAUCCACGGGUUGGCGCAGCCGUACGCUUACAAGGAGCGCCGUAGCAAGCUGUACGUCUGCGAGGAAUGCGGCCAUACCGCCAACGCGCGGGAGGCACUGCGGCGCCAUCUGGAAACCACGCACUCUAGCGCCGCCCUACUGGCGAAACCAGCUGCCCCGGCAGUUUCUGGUAGGGAAGACGAGGAGGAGAGCGGUCUUUCUUGGCUCCCUGAUCUCCCUAAAUGGCCAUGCUAAGGUCCAGAAGGAAAGAAAGGGUUAGAUGAAGAAAAAGGGACAAUGUGGUAACAUGUGAGGCUGUUACUGAAGAAACCCAGGGAAGAGGAGUGUUUGGCGAUGUGCCGAGAAAUGCCUGUGACGAUGUGAACUCGAUGCGAGACUCGUUAGGCUGGAAACGGAAAGGACUGUAGAUAUGCUAAGAAAGAUCUGGAAGCUCAGAAAUGUCUGCAAGUCGUAAAAUCCCUCAAAGUGCCCUCCAUACUCUAUUACAGUUUGGUUCUGCUGAGUUGUUAUUGCAGCACAAAUGCAGCUUCCCGUGGGAGCACGGGGCCUGCUCUGCUCUGCCUGCACUGGUGCAUCCUGUUAACUGGCCCCUGACCAAUAUUUGGUCACCAUAUGAACACCUAUAUGAUUCCGUUACCCUGUAGUCUGGAUCUGUCUGAAGCGAGGGAUGAGAUGCAGCAGAAAUGUUAGACCAGCAUAUCACUUGCUAAGGACAAGGAGGGAAUCGCUGGACGGCUGAAAUCCAAGGUCACGUGUCUCAAAACAAGCACGUGUCCCAACUGAUUAAUAAAACCCAUUAACGGCGACGGCAAGGAUUCUGGCUAUUUUAAUGUUCAUUAAUAAAGUCUUGAACUGGAUUAAGCUGCGAUCAGACAGAGUGUCACACUCUUCGGGAAGCCUGUAUUGUGCAUUGUGUUCAAUUCCCGUUAUUUCCUCGGCUUUCGUAAUUGACCCGUUCUGUAAAAAUAUAUAUAUAUCCUGCUCUAUAAAGAGUCAAACUGUGAGCAAAGUCGAGCUGCUUUGAAUGAAUUGAGUUUUUACUCUGAAGUGACAACCACCAUCCGUGAGUUUCGGGGGGUUCAUGCAGCUUCUGGGUGUGUGUAACUGAAAUGGCUUUUUCAAUCUUGCUGAUUGCAUUAAAUAUACCAGGGGCCGAGAAAUUCAUUUUGAUUAUGCUGGUGUAACUGUUUUGAGCCUUUUUUUUAAUCUUUGAAGGAAACAUGGCAAUUAAGCUCCGUUAGCUUUUGAAUAUACCUCAGUCCGUUACUGCAUCGCUCCUGCUGUUUCGCUGAUAGCCUUAACCUAAAAUGACUUUGUGUGUACUUUAGACAAAUACUGUAUACAUGUUUUUUUCCGUAUCUCAAUGUUUAGUACUAUACGAUUAUUUUUUUUUUAGAUGAAUAUAACUUCUUUCGUAAAAGGCGUUAUGGCCUCGAUAUCUUAUUUUCUAUUUUAACCCAACGGGAGGUUUUUGAUGCAACACUAAGUGGAAAUAGGCGACAUUUUCUUUAAAUAUCUGACGAUUUGUUAAUAUUCAGUCUCGGUACCUCGCGCGGUUUGUCUUUUUCGGGUUCAUCCCAGCACUUUCUCCGCAUGUAAGACGUCGAUGUUGUAUAAAACUUUUUAUUAUCGUAAUAUUUGUGAUUUCAACAUACUGAAAAUACGGCGAUCAAUUCCGUUUCUACGGAAAAUAAAUUUAGGAUACUAA